UGUCGGGGUGAGUGUGGGAGGCGGGAGGUCUGCGCAUUGGGGACAGCUAGAAAACUGGGGAGUAGCUUGAAGAGCUGGGGCUCCGGACUCCAGUCUGGGUUCCAGAAGCGUCUCUGGUGGUGUGGGCCGGGGCCGCGCUUCCCACCCCACUCCUGGCCUUUGGGCUUUCUUGUCAGCAAGGCCGGAAGGGAGCCGUGCAUCUGCAAGCCGGUGUUCUCAGGCUCCUGAGCCCAGGAGGCCAAACUCCCUUGUCUCCCCCAGUGAGCUGGAGUAUUGACGCCUAGAAUCCCAGCCCCAGGCUUCCGCUUUGGAGGACAAAACCCUUGACAUCUGAGCGGACGUCCUGUUAGAGGGUGGCGCCUGGAAGAGCCUGGGGUGGGGAAUACAGUGAGGAAGGUGUUGCAGUUCUUCAGAAGAGAGAAAAUGAUCCACAGUCUAUUUCUCAUAAACUGUUCCGGUGACAUAUUUUUAGAGAAGCACUGGAAAAGUGUUGUGAGCCAGUCUGUCUGUGAUUAUUUCUUUGAAGCUCAGGAGAAAGCUGCUGAUGUUGAAAAUGUACCACCUGUCAUUUCAACACCUCACCACUACCUCAUUAGUAUCUACCGGGAUAAGCUCUUCUUUGUGUCUGUCAUACAGACUGAAGUGCCACCUCUCUUUGUAAUUGAGUUCCUACAUCGAGUUGCUGACACUUUUCAGGACUACUUUGGUGAGUGUUCAGAGGCUGCAAUUAAGGACAAUGUGGUUAUAGUGUAUGAACUCUUGGAAGAAAUGUUGGACAAUGGAUUUCCACUGGCUACUGAAUCUAACAUUUUGAAAGAACUGAUUAAACCACCAACAAUUCUACGUUCUGUUGUCAACUCUAUUACAGGCAGUAGUAAUGUUGGGGAUACACUCCCCACUGGGCAGCUGUCCAACAUCCCAUGGCGCCGGGCAGGGGUAAAGUAUACAAACAAUGAAGCCUAUUUUGAUGUCGUUGAAGAAAUAGAUGCAAUUAUAGAUAAAUCAGGAUCUACAGUCUUUGCAGAAAUUCAGGGAGUCAUUGACGCUUGCAUUAAACUAUCUGGAAUGCCUGAUCUCUCCCUUUCUUUCAUGAACCCAAGGCUUCUGGAUGAUGUCAGCUUCCACCCCUGCAUCCGGUUCAAGCGUUGGGAAUCUGAAAGAGUUUUGUCUUUUAUUCCUCCAGAUGGAAAUUUCCGGCUCAUAUCAUACCGUGUCAGCUCACAAAAUCUAGUGGCAAUACCAGUAUAUGUGAAGCACAGUAUCAGUUUUAAGGAGAACAGUUCUUGUGGAAGAUUUGAUAUAACAAUUGGACCAAAGCAGAAUAUGGGAAAAACUAUUGAAGGAAUUACAGUGACAGUUCACAUGCCAAAAGUUGUGCUAAAUAUGAACUUGACGCCAACACAAGGCAGCUAUACAUUUGAUCCAGUCACCAAGGUACUAACAUGGGAUGUGGGAAAAAUUACUCCACAAAAACUCCCAAGUCUUAAAGGACUGGUAAAUCUACAGUCUGGAGCGCCCAAGCCAGAAGAGAAUCCAAGCCUCAACAUACAGUUCAAGAUUCAGCAGCUUGCUAUUUCAGGCUUAAAAGUAAACCGCUUGGACAUGUAUGGGGAGAAGUAUAAGCCAUUUAAAGGAGUCAAAUAUGUCACAAAAGCUGGAAAGUUCCAAGUGAGGACAUGAGAAGAGGCCAAAAUUCCUCAAGAUCCAUUUGUUUUCCAAGUGUCAUUACAAUUUAUUACUAUUAGGUACCAAGUGGGUGGGAAUGCAUAUUCUAGUUAAAGCAUUUGUGUCAAGCUACACAUCACUAACAGAGUUGCUUAGUAAUCAAUGUAGGGUUCUUAAGAAGCUUUAAGCUAAGGAAACUUUUCUAAUGACUUAGCUUAUUUUGUAUAUUUUCACUUAGGAAGAUUUUGAAGGUGAUUUCUUCCAUAAGGUGGGUACCAUCUGGACACUGCACAUUUAACGGUAAAGGCAGAAAGCUACAGUGAUAACCUUGCUGCUAAAACAAGUUGACUGGUCUCAUCCAGCAGGAGGUAUCUUAGUCUGUGAUGAGAUGUGUCAGGUGCAGCCAAAUGUCACACCUUCUGAUCUUAGCCAUCCCAAAUCAGUAUCUGUCCCAAAAGAAGGAAUCCCACCCCCACCCCAGAAGUUUACAAAACAACUGCCUCUUCAAGUGUUUGCCUUAUUCAGCUUUUCACUUGUGCCAUUAAGCAAGCACUGUAGCAAAAGCCACUUCUUCAUGGCCCUGGCAGGGAGCAUUGCUGCUCUGUGCUCCAUUCUCACUGCACUUGGCAUCGUAUUUUUUAUAAAUAAGAUUUUUAUGUAAAGCUCAGAUUUUGAUUUACAGGGACCUUGCUGCAGUAAAUACCAUCUCAUUUUGUGCCACUGGUUUCAGCUGUUAAGACAGUAAAACUCAUUUGUAACAAAAGGGCAAAUGCUUUAUUAAGAGAGUAAAAGGGAAUACUACUUCUGCUUUUAGGAAAUUAUUGCAAGCACAAGCAUUUGCACUUUUAAGCAAAUUAAAGUAGUAAAAAAGAAACUUGAGUGAAAUUUUUGCCAUCUUCAUGUCUCAUAAAGCUCAUGCAACACUACUUAUAGUUAGGCUAAAUUUCUCAUGUUCCAGUCCAACAAAAGGAGGAAAAUGUGCCUGCCUCACCAUCAUUGGUCUCUUAGUCUUCUUUCCUUUUUGUUAUUCUUAAGGUGUUGAAUUUGCUUGCAUCCCAUGUCAUUAGGAAAAAUUCCCUUUUCAAACUGUGUGCUUCCCAAGACUAUAGUCAUAGAUGCCUUCCCAAAACUAUUGUCAUAAUUGUCACUGGAAUGUUUAAACAUCUCUACUGUACUGACAAAAUACAUGGCAAUGCAUUAUAAUGAGGCAGAAACAAAAUCCUCAGUAACAUUGAUGAUACCACACUGAUCAUCAUGGUUGGAAAGUCAGUAAACAGUUUUGUCAUUUCACUCAACUUCAUUGCGUUAUUUCAUUCAACUUUAUAGGCUGAUAAUCCUUGCUCAGUUAUUGUCCUCAUUAGACUUGAAGAAAUGGAGAAAGAUUGAAAAUUGCUUGUUCUUCAUGUAUCCUCCUUGUUCUGACUUGUGCUAUUAGUUUUCUUCUUGUGGCUCCAUUAUUUUCUUCUUUUAAUCUUCUCCGCUUGUAACUCUUUUUCCCUUAUCAUGCUAAGGAUAACCCUUAUAUUCAUCCCAUUUAUGCUGCCAAGGGCUAGUGGUUGGUGCUGGUACAGAAAGCCCAGAAUAAAGCAGCAUUCUUAAAUUUGCCUGUCUAGGGUACCCCACUCUGCCUUUCAUCUAAUAAGAAAGGCUACUUACACGUUUCUAGCAUAACCAGUCUCAGAUUCGCAGCUAAAGACAAAAUGUUGCCACAUAUUUAUUCUUUUUGCCUAAGGUUGGUUACCCAGUUAAAUUGCUUUUCAUUUUUAAUGGUUUACUCUUCAGAGUUCUUACCUCAAAAGAGCAAUCAGAACAUUUGCUUUUCUUUCUGCAGAACUCCUAAUGUCAAUAAUCCAUACUGGACUGUCCAGUUUUCCUCUUGUGUUCUGUUCUUUUCUAUCCAAACAGAAUGUAUGCCAACAGUUUCUUGCCUCUAGCAAUUUCUGCUAAAAUGUCCAACUAGACUAUUUCCUUUUACAGUUAAAUUAUUGUAUUUAUUAAUUUGAUAGAAUACAUUAAAUCAUUUCUCUAGCUCUGGUUAUACUAUCAAUAAAAAGAUGAAAGCAA